AUGAUCAUGGCAUCAAGUUCAACAGAUGGACAGCAUACGAACGAGAUAAAGAAUCUAACACCUCACAAGAUUGUCCUUCCAGCAGAUCUUCUGAAGGACAUACAGGAUACAGAAGCCAAAGGAUGCUUGGAUAACGAUUCAUCCGAUGGUUUCUUCUACAUACCCAAUUUUAUUAGCGAAGCAGAAGAGGAGCAUAUAAUAAGCAAAAUUCAAUCCGCUCCACAGCCCAAAUGGAGAACAUUACAUGCCAGAAGCGGUGAAAAAAUUGGCAGAUUACAAAAUUGGGGUGGGCAAGUGACAAAGCAAGCAUUGAUUGCUGAACAGCUUCCUGAGUUCUUGACUUCGUUUCCGCCUUUGCUUGAACGGAUACGAGAAACGGGAGCUUUUCAAGGAAGCAAACAUGGGGAGCCGAACCAUUGUCUGAUGAAUGAGUACGAGCCAGGACAGGGAAUUCUACCACACGAAGAUGGGAGUGCAUAUUUCCCAACGGUUGCUACUGUCAGCUUAGGUGGUCAUACUCUGUUAGACGUCUAUCGAUACGCUUCUCAAGACGCUCAAUCUGACGCAAGCAAACCAGCUGACUCUUCUGCCAAAGCUCGUGAACAACUUCCUCGAUUCUCAAUCCUUCAAGAACCUAGAAGCUUGCUCAUCACACAAGGAGCCGCGUACAAGUACUUCUUACAUGGUAUUGCUGAGCGAGAAAUAGAUGAGGACAAACAUCUUUCUACUGUAACGAAUGGUGAUAUGGUCGCUGAUACAAGUGUUCGGGAUACGAUCAGAAAAGCAAAAGAAGGUGGUGAUUCAAACUCUGACCAUUCCUUACAACGCCAAUUACGGUACAGCCUGACAUUGCGAGACGUUGAGCGUGUUGCACCUAAGAAUCUCAUGGCGAUGAUGAUGGGCAAGCAGUAAAGUGCGUUAUUUUGUUGUUAAAGGUGGUAUUCAUACAUGUACAAUUUUAAUAAUAGACAAUAACACUUGAUUGCUCAAUAGUAUCCACGGAAUCCUCUUCCACGACCACGUGCACGGAAUGGUCUGCCUCGUCCUCGCCCUCUUCCUCUUCCACGAGCAUUCAAACCAGGUAAAUUUGUACGUUUUGCAGUCACUUUGAUCAACCUUCCACGAAAUAGACUUUCGUUCAUUGCCAUUGC